AUGUCAAACCAGCAGGUGGUGAGUGCUACCUUCCAAACUCGCCACGGGCGACAUUUUGUUUCGAUUUCAUUCAGCAGGCUCUCUUUGUCAGGACGUUGGCUCAUACCAGGUGAAAUCACCUCACAGGGCACGGUUUUCGAUCGCGUCAUCCAGGAAGUCUGCGAUGCGUCUCAAGUGGAUUUCGAGGAGAGCGGAGUGGACCAGCAGACGCUGGCUGAUUUGCGCAAUAGCUGGCAGAAAAAGCUAUCAUCUUUGGGAGUCGCUCAUUUCCCCUGGGAUCCUCCCCCACCACAGCCGGCCCCUUCUCAGAACCAAAAUCAGAUUCUCCCUCCCACUGCGACCGUACCUUCUAAUGCCCCUCGACCUACUCCCUCCUCCCAAACCCAACACCCACAACAACAUGUCCCACCUCCACAAUCAAUGCCGCAGUCCAUGCCAGGUACUGUCCCCCCAUUGCAGGCUCCGACUCCCGUCGGAGCUGCCCCCAGUGGUAUGACCCAGACACCUCAGAUUAAGACAGAACCCGGCGUCGCUGGACAUUCGGGCUUGCCUCCAUUGAGUAACAUGAUGCCGGCAAAUACUCCGAACCCACAAUCCGCACGAGAACGUGCUGCCAGUAUGCUUCACCAGAGGUAUGGUGCAGCGGCGGCCAACUCCGUCAGUCAACUGCAGGCCCAAUCGCAGGGUGCUUUGGGACUGCCGGGUCAGUCCCGUCCCCAGGCCAUGCCGCAGGUAUCAAAUGGCCAGGGCCCACAGAUCAAGCAAGAGCCAGGAUACCCCCAUAUUCCUCAGACUCCCGUAAAUAAUACCCAGACCGACGGUGCUAACGACGAUGCACUAUCUGAAUGGAAGGCAGAAGUGGCGCGAAGGCGAGAGGCCGCUGAGCGUCAGGGUGGCGAGGGCGACAGACUCCUUCGAGAUCACCUAAGACGAAAUAUGCUUCGAUUAGAGGGAGGCGGUCUCAUGUUACCUUUGGAUGAGCACCAGAAACGACACAGAGAUUCUUCGCAUAGCUUUACCUCUCAUCUGGACGCCGGAGUGCUCGAUGAGGCUGUGAUUUCCAACGUUCAGUCGACUGAGGCAUCUACAUCUAUCUCCAAGACCCCUCGAGCCCAGUUUGACGGCCCCGGGGGGGACGACGAGAAAGAGGAAGAUGAUGAAGAUGCCAUCAAUUCGGACCUGGACGAUCCUGAUGACCUGGUCGCCGAGGAUCAUGACGCGGAAGAUUCCGUUGGUCAGGUCAUGCUUUGUACAUACGAUAAAGUCCAAAGGGUGAAAAACAAGUGGAAAUGCACUUUGAAGGACGGCAUCUUGACGACAGGCGGUAAAGAAUAUGUUUUUCACAAGGGCCAGGGUGAAUUCGAAUGGUAG